AUGGAAACUGUAGUUCACAUAAGCGACGACAAUUCUGAUGCUUCUGAUGAAGAUUAUACAGAGAACUUAAUAGAAGCCGAAGGGAGAGCCGAAGAAUAUGACGAGGACAAGGACGCAAUUGUUUUGUCGUUUGAGAUUGAUGCGGAGGUGGGAGAGAUGGAUGAUACCGACCAAAUUGACUACACCAUAUUCACUCAAAAUCGCUUUUGUGAUACAGCCAAAGAGAAGAAAGAGAAUGAACUCGAAUGUGGAACAUUAUGUACUGUUAGCAAAGCACAAAUCACCGCGAAAGCUUCUAUCCCUGUGGACCAUUCCUCAUUCCUAACAACAGAGCCUUCCUGUUCCGUUCGGUUUUCUUCUUCCAUUACGAACAUACUGUCCCUCCCGUUAGACUCACUGCACUCGAUUGCGUCCUUUCUGACGCCCGUCGAAUGGUGUGGAUUUGGACAGACUGGGAAACGUUCGAACCGUAUUUGCAGAGAUAUCAUUCGGCGCGUUCGUUUGCAUGGAUUCCGAUGUGCAACAGAGGUCGUGACGGCUUGGAAGAUCGGUGAGCAUGCGGACGCGAAGGAACUUGCCGCUCUUUACAUUCAGGCAGGCGUCCCUCUUUAUCCCCAAUGUCUCGGACACUCUUACCACACAAUUCUCUGGCGCAUGCAAAUCGAAAGUCGUAAAAUGCGAAGCACAAGGUCUUCGAAAGGAAAUGACGAAGACGAGUCGUCGCCGCAAGAAGCUGUUUUGAAUGCCCCAUUUCUCGACCCUUUUUACGUUGAAAGUGCCGAGUUUAGGAUGCACCAUGACUACGUUGCCCAGGGAACAUACCUGGAGGAUAAGUGUAACUAUUGGAUAGGCAAGGAGGCUACAGAGGCAAAGCACCAAGGUUUUCCUCGAACUCCUUCCAGCUCUCCGUUUACUAACGAAGGGCUUAGUACGAUCCGACGAAUGCCACAACAGGAAGGUACUUCAAUACCAAAGACUCCAACAAAUAUUCACCAACACUUGUUGGAUCAACACUAUUUGGGUCGCCUAGUGGUAAAAGAUCAAAAUGGUGCUAUGGUAACUCCUCCAGUAAGUCUUUCCGCCGACUUCUUCCACCCGGCAAAACGGCGAACUCGGGCUUCGCUGGUCCGUCCAGUCAGUGUGUCAGUUUCUGAGGGAAUGAGUGGUGUAAGGGUGGACACGCAUACAUUUGGCGGUGCGGAGGAAUUGUUGGACAUAGUACAAUCUUCGAGCGAAGGGCUUGGAGAUGUUAGGCUGCUUGAAAGACAACCUCCUUUAUCGAUAUCACGUCUCGAAUCUGUCUUGGAACAUACCGAUUUACAUAUCUAUACGGCAUCCUUCGACUCCACAACGACCAAAAAUACAGCUGGGAAAGAAUACGAGGGUAUGAAGAAACACCUCCGAUCGCGGUUUGGAAAUUAUCAGCGUCAGCUUGAAGGCUUUCUUCUACGUGGAGACAACAAUGGCUUUGAAGAAUCAAUUCUCGACUUUUGGGAUGAGUUCUUUCCACACACGUGCAAUAUACACUACUACGAUAGGAAUACGGUUGUGCCGCGCCUCUCACGUCUUGAAACCUUUCUCACAAAACCAUGUCCAAAAGAAUUUGGAAUUGUUCAAUGUGAAAUUGAACGGAUCAAAAGUAACGUUCGCGGAAAAGGGAUGAGCAUGAAAGGUCGCCUAUUCCCUACUUAUGAGUAUCGACUUUUCAUUCGAGAUCGCCCACAUAGCUGUUCUCACCAAGAAAGCGCCUCCGCGGAUGAGGAGGCUUUUGUCCAAAGGGAUACGGUUCUAAUGGUGGCAAAGAACCGAGGAAGAAAGCACUUAGAAGAAUCUGGUGUUGUUCCGCUACCAACUUCAGUCAAGAAAGGCUCUAACAAUUUUUUUUUGUACCUGCCACAACAAGGAGACAUCAAUGCGCAUUAUAAUAUGGUAAAUCCUACCCAUUUGACUGCCACGACGAUUCCGAAUGGGGCUAGCCAUGCACCGUUGCUCGAUUCUGAAGGUUGUUCCUCGGUUCUGCUUGGCCGACUACAAAGCAACUUUAUUGGUACCGAGUUCCAGAUCUAUACACCACGCUCGCGAAAGCCGGCCAAGCACAAAUCUCCACAAACUUUCAAUCACGCUGUCGAUUUUCAUUCCGAAGAAGAACCUGAUUAUGACAGUGGCAUGUCAAGCGACAACAAUACGAAUCGACGUCGCAGAUUCGGCCGUCGUGCUCGGCGGAGAAACAAUGCCGAGUCGGUAGGGAACGGAAACGAAAACUUCAGCGACGCAUCUUCUGUUAAUUCCGGUACCUAUCAACGAAGCAAGUCCUGCUCAGAUAUAAGUCAAAACCGCUCUAUCAGGACCAAACGACGAGCAAUUGCAAAUACAUGUAACAGCCUUAAACGAUCCGGUCUGUAUGAAGAAGAGGAUGGAGCCAUUACUUACACCGCCAAUUUACUCGGUAGUCGACCACGAAUAAUGGAUGUGUGCAUACCAAAGGUAUCGCCGGAUGGUAAACCAGGAGGAGAGUGGAAGCAAUACUUGGACUCUUGCGAGGACGCUGAUGACUGUCGAAUGUUGAGAUGUUUUCGACAGGUGCAACAGAAUAUUGAAAAUCAUGACGAACAAGACCCUGCAGGCGAAAACAUCAACAAUGACGGACCACCUCCCGUAGAAAACGAAAAUAUCGAGGAUUUUGGAUUGCUCCCUCUUCAGAAUAGACCACCGUGGUGGAACGUUGAAUUAGGUUCUUUUGUUUUGAAUUUUGGCGGUCGCGUCAGUGUCGCCUCGGUCAAAAAUUUUCAGCUUUGUCAUCGAAGAGACCAGGACAACAUUAUGCUACAGUUUGGUCGUAUUCAAGGGAGACACUCAUUUACCAUGGAUUUUCAGCAUCCAUUGACUGCGGUACAAGCUUUUUCGAUUGCUAUUUCUUCGCUUCAAUCGAAAAUCUCUUUUGGCUAGUGAUUAAUUCUAGAGUCUGUUUUUUUGUUUCGUC